GGCAUGCAGAGUAUAAGUGGAAACACAACAGGAAAAGGGGUUUUAAUGAGCCCACUCCCUCCCCCUCCCAAAACACAGUCCCUUUUUUGGUGGGCCAUCCCACUAACAUGAGGAAAAACAGCACAGGAAUACUUAUGCAAGCCCCUCUGUUUCUCUCUCUCUCUCUCUUUCUCUCUUCCUCUCUUACAUACAGCCUGAAAUGCUGAACUUUAGACAAAUCUGACCUUGGAGGAGUGUCUGUGGGCUGGAACAAGGCAGGAUUUCUGAAUGACUUUGACUGCAGUUGUUGAUUUUUUUCAGGACUACAUGUGUGUGCUUGUUGCAGACAUCAAAGGAGUCACAGAGGACCACUAGAGGACAACCCUUCCUGCCUAAAAAGAAGGAAUUCAAGACUUGAUUUAAGCUUUAACCUUUCUACUGUUCACUUUAAUCCAGCACGUCUUUUCUCUGCACAAAGAGGCUGCAAAAUUUGGUUUCUGCUUAAAAGCCUCAUGGCUCAAAGUCCCUCAGAGUCACGUCCUGCGAUUGUCUCUGGAGUGUGGUUGGACAGGGGAGAGAGAAGGAGCGUCAGAGCCGAGCCCGGCAGCAGUGGAGCAGAGGGUGAGAAGCGUCUGGUUGUCUAGUCAUCUGAAGGCGACUGAAGCCACCAGCAGUGGACCAUGUGUGCUGCGGCUCUGGAGGAGUACUGUGGGUCCAUCUUCUGGAAUGCUUCAUAUGUGGAAAGAGAAGACCCAGACCUCCCAGUAUGUGUAGAGCAGACGGUAUUGGUCUGGAUCCCCCUGGGGUUCCUGUUGCUCUGUGCCCCUCGACACCUGGUGUCUCUCUGCAGAAGAACACCAAUGAUCACAAAACACCUGUCUAAGCUCUAUCUCUGCAAACAGCUUGUGGUUUCUCUGUUGUUCCUGACGGCAAUAGCAGGCCUGGCAGUCACAUUUGCAGAGGAUGAUGGUUCAACAGUGAAAAGUCCUGCUGUAUACUACGUAAACCCCGUCCUGUACGCGGUCACGUGGAUCCUUCUGCUGUUGUGCCAGGCAGGCGUGAGGCGGAGGGAAGGAUCAGUAGACUCAGCCACUCUCUUCCUCUUCUGGUUGCUCCUUGUUGUGUGCGACGUCUUCCCUUUCCAGACCCUCCUGCGAGAGGCGCUCAGACUGAGAGAGAUCAGAGAUGUCCCUCGUUUCUGCCUUUUCUACAUUUCCUUUGGCUUGGAAUUGAUCGCACUUGUUCUCUCUGCUGUGGCUGAUAUCCCUCCAGAAGCCGAGGAGCUUGUAAAAAAGAAUCCAGAGACAGGUGCAGCAUUUUUGAGCAGAAUCACUUUCAACUGGUUGAACAGCAUCAUGCUGAUGGGGUACAAGCGGGCCCUGGUUCAGGAGGACAUGUGGGAGCUGAGCGAGGCGGACAGCACGGCUGACAUCAACCGGCGCUUUCAGCACUUCAUGCAGUCGGAGUUGGGCGCAGCUCAGGUCCGGUUACAAAACAAGUUGAAGAAAAAGCGGGAUGAGAAGAAAGACAAAGCCCAGGAAGAGGCCGUUCGAAAUGGUCUCUCCAACGGUCUGGCGAAAGGUGUCAGUCAGGAUGUGCUGAUGGAGGAAAAGGGAAAGAAAAAAGAUGAAAAGGAGGAGAAGAAGAAGAAGAAAAAGGAUAAAAAGAAGGAGGAGAACGACUAUCCCAAUUCAUGGCUGAUUUCCACCAUUUACAAGUCCUUUAAAGGGAUUCUGAUUGAAUCUGCCUUCUUCAAACUUCUGAUGGACGUGCUGACUUUUGCCAGUCCCCAGCUCCUAAAAUUGAUGAUCUCUUUCACUGCGGACAAAUCCAGGCAUACCUGGGAAGGCUAUCUGUAUGCAGUGCUGUUCAUGCUGGUGGCCAUUCUGCAGUCUCUGUUCCUGCAGCAGUACUUCCAGCGUUGCUUCGUGCUGGGGAUGAAGGUCCGCACGGCCAUCAUGGCUGCCGUGUACAAAAAGGCAUUGGUUGUGUCUAAUGACACUCGUAAAGAGACUACGGUUGGGGAAAUGGUGAACCUGAUGUCAGCAGACGCCCAGUGCUUCAACGAGGUAACCAACUUCAUCCACCUGCUGUGGUCCUGCCCUCUGCAGAUCCUGCUGUCCAUAGUCUUCCUGUGGCUGGAGUUGGGACCUUCUGUGUUGGCAGGACUGGCAGUCAUGUUGCUGAUGGUGCCGAUCAACGGGCUGCUCGCCACCAAGGCCAGAAAAAUCCAGAUCGAGAACAUGAUGUUCAAAGACAAGAGACUGAAAAUCAUGAACGAAGUACUUAAUGGGAUCAAGAUUCUGAAGCUGUUUGCAUGGGAGCCGUCCUUCCAGGCGCAGGUGGAAGACGUUAGGGGGGAAGAACUGAAAGUCAUGAAGAAGUUUGCCUACCUGUCGUCUGUUUCCACCUUCAUCUUCAACUGUGCUCCGGCUCUGGUUUCACUGGUCACAUUUGCAGUGUUUGUAGAGGCAAGCCCAAGCAACAUGUUGACCGCUGAGAAGGCUUUCACUUCCAUCUCUCUUUUCAACAUCCUCCGAUUUCCCCUGACCAUGCUGCCCAUGCUCAUCGCUGCUAUCGUGCAAAUGUCAGUGUCUAAGAAGCGCCUGGAGAAGUUUCUGGGAGGUGAAGACCUUGACAGUGACAUUGUGCGCCAUGACCACAGCUUCAACUCUGCUGUUAGCAUACGUGACGGUUCCUUUGCUUGGGAAAAAGAAGCUGAGCCUCUGCUGAAAGAUGUGUCCUUGGAUAUUAAGCCAGGUCGGUUGGUAGCAGUAGUGGGAGCUGUGGGCUCAGGAAAGUCCUCGCUCAUGUCAGCCCUCCUGGGAGAGAUGUACAGCACCAAAGGCUUCAUCAACAUUCAGGGCUCCCUUGCCUAUGUGCCACAGCAAGCCUGGAUCCAAAACGCCACUCUGAGGGAUAACAUCCUGUUUGGCUCUGCCCAUGAGGAAAGGAGGUUUCAGGGAGUGAUAGAGGCCUGUGCCCUGGUUCCCGACCUGGAGCUGCUGCCUGGAGGUGCCCUCACCGAGAUUGGAGAGAAAGGCAUCAACCUCUCAGGGGGUCAGAAGCAGCGUGUGAGCUUGGCCCGGGCGGCUUACAGUCAGGCUGAUAUUUAUCUAUUAGAUGACCCCAUGUCUGCUGUGGACUCUCAUGUAGGAAAACAUCUCUUCGAUGAAGUCAUUGGACCCAAAGGACUACUCAAAGACAAGACUCGUAUCCUGGUGACUCAUGGAGUGAGCUUCCUGCCAUACGUAGAUGAAAUAGUGGUCUUGGUGGAUGGAGUGAUUUCUGAGGUUGGAUCCUACAAGAGCCUUCGUGCCAGCAAAGGAGCUUUUUCUGAAUUUCUAGACACAUAUGCCAAAGAGCAAAGGAAUAGAACCCUUUCAGAGUCAGAUCAUCGCCAGGACACUGCAGAUGUGGAGCUGAUCCCUGAUAUAGAGGACAUUCAACCCGACUCUCCUUUGGAGGACACAGUUUCUUUAACGCUAAAGAGAGAAAGCAGUAUCCGCCGCAGCCAGCGCAACAGCAGUGUCAGACUAAGAAAAACUAGCACCAUAAGAAAACCAGAAGAUGUUGGUGAAUCAAAGAAAGGCCAGAGGCUGAUAGAAAAGGAAACUAUGGAAACGGGACAGGUGAAGUUCUCAGUGUUCGUCCAGUACCUGCGCGCCAUGGGCUGGGGAUAUGCAGCCAUGGUCUUCGUGGUUUACUUGAUCCAGAACAUUGCGUUCAUUGGUCAGAACCUGUGGCUGAGUGACUGGACCGAUGAUGCAGUGGAUUACGCCAACAUUACAUACCCUGACUGGAAGAGGGAUACCCGGGUUGGAGUGUUUGGAGUUCUGGGAGUGGCUCAGGGCCUCUUUGUGUUCCUCGGUUCACUGCUCAUGACCAAUGCUGCGGUCGAUGCAUCACGAAUCCUGCAUUCGAGGCUGCUUAACAACAUGCUGCGAGUUCCCAUGGUAUUCUACGACACCACGCCCAUUGGAAGGGUGGUCAACCGCUUUGCAAAGGACAUCUUCACAGUGGACGAAGUCAUUCCAAACUCCUUCCGCAGCUGGCUCAUUUGUCUGCUGAGUGUUUUGGGGACACUGUUUGUCAUCUGUCUGGUCACUCCUUUCUUCACCAUCCUCAUCCUUCCUCUGGCCCUGGUCUACUACUUUGUACAGCGCUUCUACGUAGCGGCCUCACGGCAGCUACGUCGGCUGGACUCGGUGUCUCGCUCUCCUAUAUACUCACACUUUAGCGAGACGGUGUCAGGUCUGUCCGUGAUAAGAGCUUACGGCCAUCAAGACAGGUUUCUUAAACACAACGAAACAACUAUUGACGAAAACCUCAAGAGCGUCUACCUGUGGAUAGUGUCAAACAGAUGGCUGGCCAUCCGUCUGGAGUUCCUCGGAAACCUGGUGGUGUUUUUUUCUGCUCUGUUUGUCGUCAUUUCCAGGGACACGCUGGACAGCGGCCUGGUUGGCCUGUCUAUAUCCUACGCCCUUAAUGUAACCCAGACCCUCAACUGGCUGGUGAGAAUGACAUCAGAGCUGGAGACCAAUAUCGUGGCCGUGGAGAGAGUGAGUGAGUACGCCGAGCUUGAGAACGAGGCUAAGUGGGUUAAUGACACUCGGCCUCCAGUGGGGUGGCCCGAGGCAGGAAGGCUACAGUUUCAAAACUACAAGGUCCGUUACAGACCUGGAUUAGACCUGGUGCUGCAUGGAAUCACCUGUGACAUCGCCAGCACUGAAAAGAUUGGUAUAGUGGGCCGCACAGGAGCCGGGAAAUCAAGCCUUACCAACUGCCUGUUUAGAAUUAUUGAAGCUGCUGAAGGUCGUAUCCUCAUUGAUGACGUAGAUGUUUCCACAAUAGGCCUGCAUGACCUCAGAAACAGGCUGACAAUCAUACCACAGGAUUCAGUGUUGUUCUCGGGGUCCCUGAGGAUGAACCUGGACCCAUUUGACAAAUUCAGCGAUGAGGAGAUCUGGAGAGUGUUGGAGCUCUCCCAUCUGAAGGGCUAUGUAGCCGGGCUGCAUGAAGGACUACAACAUGAAGUCACAGAGGGGGGAGAGAACCUCAGUGUUGGGCAGAGACAGCUGCUGUGUCUGGCCCGAGCACUGCUGAGGAAGUCUCGUAUCUUAAUCCUGGAUGAGGCCACAGCAGCUGUUGACCUGGAGACGGACGACCUGAUUCAGAAUACCAUCCGUAAAGAGUUUUCACACUGCACUGUCCUCACCAUCGCCCACCGCCUGCAAAGCAUCAUGGACAGCUCCAGGGUAAUGGUGCUCGACGCUGGUAAAAUAGUGGAAUUUGAUUCUCCGAGCAACCUACUUGAAAAAUGUGGCCAUUUCUAUGCCAUGGCAAAGGAUGCUGGAAUUACGCAAGAAGACAACAUGGCUCUCUGAUUUUGAAUUUGUGCUUUUGAUUAAAUUCCAUAAAUUUAUUUUUUUUAGUUUGAUUUAAAAAGCUGGAUUGUGCUUUGAUACAAAGGAAUAUUGUAACAUUUGUAUUUAUAGGAAUAGAAAGAAAUCACAUUCUGUAUGUAAAUCAUUUUUAUAUAGAAACAAUAAAUGUUCUUUCUCAAAUA